GAGGGGACUAGGCCUGAGAGGAACGGACUCGCUGCCUUCGGGAGGGAUGCUUAGUGCCUGGAUCCUCGGGUGGGAAAAACCAGUCCUAAAAUUCACCGGGAGCCGGGACUAGGGCUGAGACUGGGGAGGAAAAAAGACGCCGCUUUCCCUUUAAGCCUCGGGCCCAGCACUGAUGUCUCCGGCGCGGCUACUCCAGGGUUAGUUUGACCAAUGGAAGACCAAAGAGGGAUCUAAAUAAUUUCUGACGGACAAAAAGCCGAAGGCCGGCGCUUGUCUGUCUCUCCCUCCCUCCUUCCUUCUUUCACACUCACACUCUCACACACACAUAAAUUCACGCGCGCACACACACAUACACGCGCACACACAUACGCACACAUACACGCGCGCACACACAUACGCGCACACACACGCGCGCGCGCUCACACUAACACACAAGCUGAGGCAGCAGCGGGAUCCUGGGGGGUGAGGGAGCCAGGCUCGCCCCCCCCUCAGUCUCCCGCCCUCCCUCCUCCCCCGCCACCCCCCUCAUGAAGCUUUGAUGAGACACUUGAGCUGCUGCUGGUCGUGCCGGCGGCCGCUGGGACUGGGGCGCGGACUGGGCUCCGGGGUGCGGAGGAGAAGGAAUAGAAGAAGGAGGAGGAGGAGAAGGAGGAGGAAGAGGAGGAUGUGACUCUCGGGAGCAGGGGACCAAACCAGCUUUGUGUGGACUCUAAGUUCCACCAGGUGCGAAGAGUGAUGACCAUCCUUUUCCUUACUAUGGUUAUUUCAUACUUCGGUUGCAUGAAGGCUGCCCCCAUGAAAGAAAGCAGUGUCCGAGGUCAAGGCGGCUUGACCUACCCGGGGAUGCGGACCCACGGAACUCUGGAGAGUCUCAAUGGUCCCAAGGCAGGGUCAAGGGGACUGACCUCCUUGGCUGACACCUUCGAACACGUGAUCGAGGAGCUUCUGGACGAGGACCAGAACGUUCAGCCGAGGGAAGAGAGCAAGGAUGCCGACUUGUACACGUCUAGGGUCAUGCUCAGCAGCCAAGUGCCUUUGGAACCCCCGCUGCUCUUUCUCCUUGAGGAAUACAAAAAUUACCUGGAUGCGGCGAACAUGUCCAUGAGGGUCCGUCGCCACUCCGACCCUGCCCGUCGGGGGGAGCUGAGCGUGUGUGACAGUAUUAGCGAGUGGGUCACAGCGGCCGAUAAAAAGACUGCAGUGGACAUGUCGGGUGGGACGGUCACGGUCCUGGAAAAGGUCCCGGUCCCCAAAGGCCAACUGAAGCAAUACUUCUACGAGACCAAGUGUAAUCCCAUGGGUUAUACGAAAGAAGGCUGCAGAGGUAUAGACAAAAGGCACUGGAACUCCCAGUGUCGAACUACCCAGUCCUAUGUGCGGGCGCUCACCAUGGAUAAUAAAAAGAGAGUUGGCUGGAGAUUCAUCAGAAUAGACACUUCUUGUGUAUGUACACUGACCAUUAAAAGGGGAAGAUAGUGGAUUUAUGUUGUAUAGAUUAUAUUGAGACAAAAAUUAUCUAUUUGUAUAUAUACAUAACAGGGUAAAUUAUUCAGUAAGAAAAAAAAUAAUUUUAUGGACUGCAUGUAUAAAUGAAGUUUAUACAGUACAGUGGUUCUACAAUCUAUUUAUUGAACAUAUCCAUGACCUGAAGGGAAACAAAGUCAUUUGCGCACAACUGAAAAAAAAAAAAAAGUCUGCAUUACAUUCCUCGAUAACAUUGUGGUUUGUUGCCGUUGCCAAGAAUUGAAAACGUUAAAAAAAAAGUUGAAAAAAAAUAAAUAAAUUGCAUGCUGCUUUAAUUGUGAAUUGAUAAUAAACUGUCCUCUUUCAGAAAACAUACAUACACGCACACACACGUACACACACAUACACACCCCAAAUUUGAACCUGAACAUUCCGUUUCCAUUUUAGACAGUAAAGUAUCUUCAGUCCUGUUAGUAUUCUCUCUGUUUUAAUGCUUUUGACUUCUGAUAGCGUUGGAAUUAAAACAAUGUCAAGGUGC